AGUACUAUCAAUGAAGUAAAGCCUCAACUACUUCGACUAGAAAAAGACUUGGCCACUGGGAGCAGAUCAGAAGACCCAUUGCAUAGAAAAGUCUUGGUCUUCAUUUUUUAUCUCCGUCAAUUCGAUCGACUAGCUUGUCUUAAUUUAUAUGGCAGUGAAAAGUCUUAAUUUCUGGAUCUCGUGAUCAUCAGUUGCUAAUUUCCAGAAUGCUAGCAAGAUUAUUCAGUUUCUGCAAUUCACUUUGUCCAAACUCUCCCACUCCUCCCUCUCUCUCUCUCUCUUUGUUAUGCCGAAGGCGUCGUAGUAAACUAUCUAUAGCGCAUAGCUGCUAUAAAGCCACCGGUACUGAGUGAUGGCUAAGCGUAAAGUAACGUGUGAUGUGGAGAACUCGACAAGAGAAAAUUAAUAGGACCACACCUAUCUGAUGAUGGAUCAAGCUGCGUCUUUUUUUCAGUACUAAACAACAGGACGAACAUGAGAAAAAUGAAGGACAUUAUCUCGUCACGUGGAAGAAAAUAUUUGGAAUAUCAUGUGCAUUUGGAGUCUUGGUGGACCCUUUAUUCUUUUACAUUCCUUUCGUCAAUAAGAACAUGAAGUGCUUCGAGUUGGAUAGAAAGUUGAAGACAAUAGCUCUUGUAUCACGAUUACUUACAGAUUUCAUGUAUAUAAUCGACAUUAUCCUUCAAAUUUGGAUCGGGAUUCUAGAAAAACGAAGGAUAUUAGUCAGUGAUCUUUUGGCAAUGUCAGCUAAGUGGCCUUGGAAAUCAUACAUCAUAAUGGACAUUUUGGCCAUUCUUCCUGCAACCCAGGUUUUAACAUUUAUAUUGUUUUCAAAAAUGAGGGGCUCAAGUUCUUUGCUUGCUAAGGAGCUUAUGGCUACUCUUGCUCUGUUACAAUAUGUCCCAAGGGUUAUUCGUAUGUACGUAUCAUGUAAAGAAUUCAGCAAGAGUUCUACAAUCUUGAUCGGAACAUGGACUUUUUUCAAAUGGGGAUUCAGUCUCUUUCUUUACAUCCAUACUAGUUAUGUACUUGGAGCUUUUUGGUACUUUUUAGCUAUACAAAGACAGUCAACUUGCUGGCAACUUGCUUGUCAAAGUGAACAAAAUGGAUGUAAACCUAGUACUUUUUAUUGCAAUGAUCGUUUGUUCCAAAAUAUCACAACCCUAAAUUAUUUAUGCCCUAUAAAUCCGUCAGACGCAAAGGUUUUCGAUUUUGGGAUAUUUCUUGAUGCUCUUCAGUCUGGUGUGGUGGAGUCAGCAGACUUUCCCAGAAAGAUUUUGCAUUGUUUCUGGUGGGGACUUAGAAAUCUAAGUUCUCUCGGAUCAAACCUCGAGACCAGUAGCUACGCAAUGGAAAAUCUGUUUGCCGUUUUUAUUUCUUUACUUGGCUUGCUACUAUUGAUGUUUUACCUCAGUGGAAAUUUGCAGCAGAUAUGGGCGGUUACAGUUACAUCAUUAGCGAAGAGGAAAGCACGGCGGCAUAUGGAAUUGCAGAUGAAAUUAGAGAUCCAAUGCUGGUUAUCUGAAAAUGGCAUCCCGAAGCAUAUGAAGAAGGUGAUGAUGCGAAGGCUACAAAUACAUCUAGAAGGAGAAAAAAACGUCGAUGUUAAUACGAAGAGUAUCAUCUCUAUUGUUUCCGUGGAAGAUAGAAGAUUAAUCAAACGCUAUUUAAGCUGGUAUAUUCUAAAAAAGUAAGUGCCAAUGUUUCGAACCCUGGAUGAAAAAGUGCUGAAAGAAAUUUGUCAAAGCCUUCAGCCAGUGAUGUUUACUGAGGAUACCUACAUUGUUAAAGAGGGGAAACCGCUUGAUAAGAUGUUAUUCAUCACGCAAGGCAUUGUAUGGAGCUACGGAUCUAGUAAUAAUAAUGGAAGCACUCGUUGUCUUAAGAAAGGUGAUUUCUACGGAGAAGAACUUCUAAACUGGGUAUCGGAAGUUAGCUACCUCACUGCCUUACCGAUCUCGACCAGGUUUGUCAAGUCCCACACACAUGUUGAAGCCUUUGUUCUAAGGGCUUACGACUUGAAAACUAUUGUUUCCAAAAACUGGUUGCAUUUUUCCAAGUUCACUCCGCCCUCUCAGAAGCAGCAUCUUGCAGCUUCUUCGCUUCAAGAAAGUUGGCGCCGCCAUCAUGAAAAGAGGGCACGGGCUGUGCAUCUUGCCCAGCUGAGAGAAAUGGGGAAUAACAAGAUAACGGAUGAAGUACCUCUUCUAGGCCAGUUCAAGUAGUUCGAUCAAUACUUGUGUUCUUAAAUCGAUGCAUAUUAUUUCAGCAUAUAUAGUGUGUCAUAUUAUCAACUUAUAUUUGUAAUCAGUAGAAUUCACAUUCAGGAAUCUGUUCAGAACUUCAGAAUAUUCCUUAUUAAUUUAAGAAAGGAGAGGAUUAACUAAAUCA